AUGGUGAGCCAAGAUGCAGGGUCUGAUGCGAAUUCGAGCCAGAGUUGGGGUCUUCUUUGUAGCACGUGUGGUAGAGUUACGACUGUUGCGAAAUCAUGGACCAAUGACAAUCCAUGUAGAAGAUUCUAUAUAUAUGUUGUUCAUGGAUUCUUUAGGUGGGCAGAUGAACACUCACCAUAUGGGUGGCCGAAGGUGAGCUUACUAGAGGCGAGAGAAGAGAUCAAGCAGCUGAAAGAAUCUCUUAGGGCAUUGAAUGAACAAAGGGUGAGUGGUUCCAACACUGAUGUUUCAGAGGAUGAAGAGAAGAAGAAGCUCGAAAAUUCAGUAAUGACAGCUAUUGAGAGGGAAAACAUGCUUCGACAGUUCAUCUUGCUGUCUUGGGUCAGUUUCAUUGUUGUAAUUGGGAUGAUUCUUGCAAUGGGGAAGUAG